AUGAGCCCCACUGUGAUUGCACUCGCUUGCGCCCUCUUCGGGUCGCCCGUAUUCUCGUACAGGCCGUCGUCGUUUUUCGAUGAUGAGGGGAAGGUGCUCAAGGUGCACAGCCACAACUCGAGUAGCCCGACUCCAGGCCAUCCAGAGGGUGUGACAUUGUACUUGAAGAGUAUUCAGCCGGGUGACGCCCUCCUUAAGAGUCUCAGUGACUUCAUCUCCACGCCCACCUUCAAGGCUCAGCGGAUCGAGACGGGUGGCUUCGGUGAAAUAACUGUCCAGAUCCCGGGCAUGACUUGCUAUACGGACAGCUUUGGCUUCGUCUCCAUUGCAGGGAACCACUUUUUCCUUUACGUCAGGCGUGAUGGCUCGGAGGACAGUCUGUCGGGGAAGCUGUGGGCCAUCAAGGGCGUCAUGAAGGUCGUGUCAAAAGAGGAGGGGGCGGUGGUCCUCCACUUCCCGUCGAAGGUCGAGGUUGCGUGUCCCGAGAGCAGUCUGAUGUACCCCGGUCCUCAGGCUUAUUCUGCCAUGAGCCCCAUGGCCGACAGCUUUGCCUGGCGCCACGCUGGGCAGCUCGGUGCGGGUGACCACGGCGCCUUCGUCUACAAGACAAAGGCGGAGUGCUUCCGCUUGGACAUGGACGGCACGGGCACCAUGCCGUGCGCCGAGCGGGCGCCGUUUCGGGAUAUGUACAACGGCCCCCCGAAGCAGAAGAAGCGUGUCUUGGUCGUCAUCGACGUGCAGGGCGGGUACGAUGCCGCAAUCGUAGCGAACGCGUCAGGCAAAGGUGGGCUCACUUACAUCAAUCAGGAACACGACGUGGACCAAAGCUACGCGUUGGGCGCAUGGAACGCCAACCACACCAUGAAGCCUGUCACGAAGUUCGAGCCUGGCAAAAAAACAGAUUUCGUACAACAAGGGUUGGAACACUGGAUUGCCAACGGCUGUCAUCGGACCAGUGGUGAACCGCAUCAACGAAUUGGUUGA